AUGUCCGCGACGAGCGUCAUUCGGACUCAUUCUGCACAAACAAAUGUCUGGGCUUCAUUUACAAUUUUUCAAGGUCAUUAUGGCACAUUUUCGUGUGAUUUGGCGAGGAUAAGAAAGGACUCAGGCAUUGUUACAAUGUUUUUUGUGUAUGCUACAUUCUGCACCAUGUGCAACGCGCUAUGCACCUGGCUAUAUAAAAUCCCACUGGUCAAAUGUUCACACACACACACCCCCCCACUUCCGCCUGGUUAUGGCAUAAUCCCACCAAACUCGUAUUCAGCUCCCUUCUUGCCUAGUCAGCCCUACAGUGUGCUGUCAAGAGUACCGUACGAACCUGAGCAAUCAGAUGGCGAGGACGACAAUAUGAUCGCACGCCAGGUUCUGUCCCAACCCUUCACACAACCUGCGCCUGCCUGCAAAGUUGCUGGUAGCCGCUGUCCCAAUGCAGUGCCAUCCCAAGCUAAAGGGAAGAGGAAGGCACUCGCCACAACUGAGCCACCAACCAAGAAAAGAUUGGGUCGUGGUGGUCGUGCUUAG